AUGGUGAUACAUUCUAAAGUGUCAGAGCUUACCUGGAAUAUUCGUAGUUGUUAUCGAGAUAUGAUCGUGAUGUCGCUCAACAACCAUCGAGACAAGAAGUCGCAUUUGAACGUUGAGAGCAAGAACUACGUCGCAUUUGAAUAUCGGAUCGGCCGUCGAAAUAAAUCGUCGAAAUACAAACGUCGUCGAUUCCACACAAACCGCUCCAGCGCAGCAUCAAGACCAGCACCAACAAAAACCCCGAGUUCUUGA